CGGGAGUGGUUUCCUUGGCUCCGCCUCGGUGUCAUUGCCUCUGUAACAGCGUCACUUGUACGUUUGAUAUUAAGCGAGGAUCAAUAGCAUCUUGUAAGCUUUAAGUGGCAAGCCGUGUUAGACAGAUGUUCAUUGAGAGAGUGUAUGUACGGGUAGGUGUUACGCAGUUUGACCAGAGACUGGCGCCGAAACGAGCUAAUCUGUGUUUACACUGAUGUGAUUAACUUGCCGUGCAACACCAGCCGCCAAUAUUGCAAGGGGUUUAACACUGAAGGUAUGAGGUGUGUAGUGUCGACUUAUUGAGCUGUACGAACGCCACUUAGAACAUAAACAACCAAACUGUCAUCUUAAGACAUUUUUGCGAUUCUUGGUCUAUUAAAUGUGUUUCGGUUUGGGAUCAGUUAUACUUGUGGCUCGUGUAAUGUUAAUUUGUUGUUAGGUUUGACAUACCUGUGUGGUAAUAAUGGAGAUGUGUGGUCAGAAAACACGUGCGACACAUAGACACAAAUAGACGUCAUAAUUUGUGAAUACUUACAGGAAAUACAAAACGGCGUGUUGAUAUGCAUUAUUGAUGGUCCCCUAACAACUGCCGAGAUGGACAUUUGCAGUCUACUAGUAACGAUGUCCCUGAUGGGAAAGUCUCUCUUUGUUUAUUCAUAUAUUGAUGAUGAGAAACCAUUGACAAACAACAUAUUUCCGGAGAGACACCGGAUCCCGUCCCCAGACAUGUUUCCAGGGCAACAUAUGAGUCCCCUACCCUCUGACGAUCCGAAAACAUCCAUUCAAUUCCCAUUUAACAACCAAUAUAGACCGAGAAAAAAGGAUCUUAAGACUAAGAAAUUGCUGAAAAAACUUGGUAAAGAUUUUAUGCCAUUUUGGAUGUCGAUCGAGUCACCGUUAAGUUCGUCGUCUGAUUUUGACUAUGUGACGUUAUCAAACGCAGAGGAGAGUUCCAUAGAAGGGAGACUAGCGGAAGACUUUGAUCACGUUAAUUUCACAUUUACAAACCGUAACGGGCUAGUGGUGGACGUUAGCGAGGAAAAUAUAGAACUCUUCAAGCGCUGGCUCCUCGUGCAUGGCACGUGCGAGGUCAAAUAUGAAUGGGAGGACCAAGGCCUACUCUUUUGGCCAAGAUGGAUAAAAAAGGGGACAUGUUCCAAUGAGGUCUCGUGUUCUUGGCCAAUUGGAAUGCAUUGUGUCCCAAAAGAAAGUAAAAUGGUUCAAUUACUUCGGUGGAAUUGCCGGAUGAGGCGACCGAAAAACAAAAUCCGGCGGAAGCACAUGAACCAAAUUAUGGGUAGAGUUGCGAGAAAACGAAAACAUCGUAAAAAGAAAAUGAGAUGUCGAUGGACGAAAGUACAGUUUCCGGUCACAGACGAAUGUUUUUGUUCUUGUUAAAUAACGUUUCUAUGUGUGAUUAGAACGUAUUGAUACCGUCGUGGUUACAUAUGUGGUUCUUGGGCACAUAUCCUUACACACAGUGAAGGGCGAAGCUUCCGGAAGUACAAAAUUACUGAUUGAUAUGUUCCGUGACGUCGACUGUACGAGGAUAUGAUUGGUUGAAAAUAAACAUCAGAGGAGGUGAAUUUCUGUACCGGCAUGCACUGACACAAUGUCGAUUUUGAAAGUGUAUAUUGUAAAGUGUUGUUGUCGGACCAACAUUUUCUUUUGACUUUCCGUUGUUCUAACAUGAAGAACAUCAACAAAAAACAGCAGCAACAACAACAACAAAAAUACUCGGAUAUUGAAAUCACGACAGCUGUUUAAUAUACGUCCUCAACAAUUUACAUACAAGUCGGAACUUAAAAAAUAAAUCAAUAUCCGGUCGUCUCGCGUUCAAUAACUUUAUUUUUUAAAGAACAUAUCGGAAGGUGGGUUGUACAUAUAUAUACAUAGCCAUUAAUUAACAAUUAACGUUUUAAUAUUUUUGGUUGUACGUGUUGCACAAAAAGUUGACUCACACCUUCAUUCAAUAAAAAAACAAUCGUGAUGGAUGCCAAAGAGAUAUCGACCCUGGCAAAAUUUCGGUAGUCGCGUUUUGAUUGGUUAAUUGAGAGGUCAUAUGAACAUGACCCCUUUCCUGCCAUCGUUUUAUAUCGAUUUGUAAGCUGACCAGGCUGAUACCACGUCAUAUAAAUUGUCGUUAUAGCUGAAUAAGACAGAUUAGUUUGAAAUUUCUAAGAAAUUUCGUCCCUGAUAUCAUUAAUGUAUAUUAAAUAAAAAGAUGUUUUUAUUGUAAA